GAACCAGAGACGUACGCGUGGACGCCAAGUGAAAACAACCCUUCUUCCAUCCCCAGCCUCCUUCCACAUCUGUGGCAAAGAUAUCCCAAACUUGCCUCCCUUCCAUGCUCAUUAUUAAUAGUCCCACAUAGCCUUGUGUCAGUCUCCAGUGUUUUUGUUGGAUUGUACCACUUCUUGGAUAUCAAGAGAGAGAGAGAGAGGGAGAGGAGGAGGAGGAGGGAGAGAAAGAGGAGAUUAAAAGAUGGGGCUUUAUAGCAUGCCAAGCCCGGGAGAUGCUGGCCUCCCUUUUGCUCUAUUGGCUAAUGCUUUGCUUCCAAUAGUAGUGCUCAUGGGUGGGGUGAGAUGGGCGAUAUAUAAGGUGAUGGGCUUUGAGGAUGGUGAUGAUGGGCAAGAGGAGGAGACAGUGGAGCCAAGGAUGGUGAGCAGGGCAGGGGUUGGGGUUUAUGUGACCCGGUUUAAGUUUUUGAGGCAGAAGGAUAGUGGAGUUGGGGAUUGCUGUGUGUGUCUCCAUGGGUUUGAAGGGGAGGAAGAAGUGAGCGAGGUGUUGGCUUGCAGGCACCUCUUCCACAGACUCUGUUUGGAUAGAUGGUUGGGUCACUUCCACUCCACCUGCCCACUCUGUAGAUCUAUGCUUUAAGGUUGUCUCUCAACUUCAAUGUAUUUGUUCCCUUUCUUCUUUGUUUCCACAUUGCCUUUGGGUUAAAGAGAGGGAGGGAUUGAAGAGGGCUUUUAUUUUUGUUUUUGUUUUUAGCUCUCACUGAACUGUGGUUUGUUUUUCCCCUCUGUGUUGGGUUCGUAUGUAGUUGAGAAAAUGGAAUGGAUGUCGCGUUAUGUAUGUAUUUGCGAUGCUCAGCAUGACGCAAGAAUGAAUUUCCUCUCCUCUCAUUACAAUUGUUAUUCAUGUAAAUCGGAGAUGCACUCCAAAUAAUUAAAUUCCUCAUUUAAGUGUUGUAUA